AUGCACAAACUGAUCAAACCUGUUUCAGGAACCGAUAAAGAAACCCCAGUUCUUGUAAUGUGGACAUCAAACAAGGAUGAUAUGGCUCCGUUACACUGGGUGCUUAAUCACUUUGUGCCAUUGUUGAAACUUCCGGAAUGGUAUAAAAUAGAUGAUGAAAAUAAUAAUGAUUUGGGCGUUUCUGACAAUUACCAAACAAAACAAUCACGUAUGGAAAGACCAAUUGAAGUUGAAAGUUCUGCACAUGAUAUAUCAGAUACAGAAAAUGCUACGAAGGUUUAUGUGUGUGAUUUGACUGCAGAGAUGGGAACGGCCAAUGUAAUCAGAACAGCUGAUGGAACGGAGUGCACAUUCAAGGAAUUCAUGGAAAGCAGUGUCGACAGUUUGAAUAUAGGAAUGGGUAAGGUAGACGGGGCAAAUAAUGGGACAGAAAGUGAUAGUAAAGAUACCGGUUCAAAGGUAAAUGGGUCAAAUGGUGGGACAGAUAGUGAUAGUAAAGAUGUUGAUGCGAUAGAAGAUGGUUCAAAUGGUGGGACAGAUAGUGAUAAAACAGAUGAUGAUCCAAAGAUAGAUGGGGCAAAAGUAGGGACAGAUAGUGAUAGUAAAGAUGUUGAGGGGAAGGUAGAUGGUUCAAAUGGUAGUGAUAGUACAAAUGAUGAUCCAAAGAUAGAUGGGGCAAUUGGUGGGACAGCUAGUGAUAAAACAGAUGAUGAUGCGAAGGUAGAUGGUUCAAAUGGUAGUACAGAUAGUAAUAAAACAGAUGGUGAUCCAAAGAUAGAUGGGGCAAAAGUAGGGACAGAUAGUGAUAGUAAAUAUAGUAAAGAUGCUGCUGCAAACGAUGAUCGGGAACAACAUGAGACAGAACAUGUAAAUACAGAUUUAAAUGACCAUGAAGGUGUACGUAUGGGAGAGAAACAUGGAGACAAGAUAAGUGACAGUGACAUUGACACAAAUUUUGACACAUGUGCCAAUCAUAGAGUGUUUCUCUUUGCCUGCAAUCAGGAUACAUCAACUGACCUUUGA